ACUAUUUCUGAUAGUGAUAAAUUUCCAACUUCAAAAGUCGGAAUUAGAAAAGCGAGAGAGAUAGUUCAAGAUUCUAAACAUUCUAAUGAAUCGCAAAAUUAUAAAGAUAUUCAGAAAGUCGAAAUUCAACAAAUUCCACGUUUUAAAGAGGCAUAUGACCUACCUAUCUUUAGCGCUCAUAAUCCUGGAUUUUAC